GGACAGAGCUCAGGUGACCCCCCCACCCCACCCUUGGCCACCCCGCCUACCUCCGCCAGGGACCAGCUCAGCAACGGAAAACGCGACAAAACAUUUGGCUUGUUGCUUUAACGGUGCUGAUUUUUGCAUCAAUAAGGAUUUGGGAGAGCACUAACAGGAGGAAAAACACUGAGAAGAUAUUUUCUACCACGCCAGGAUAAAGUGGGCAUUUUGAAAUGAAGACGAAAAAAGGUUUGAUGAUGCUGUCAGGAAGCGAGACAGACGACGAUGACAGUGUGGACGCCCCUCUGGACCUGUCAUCCAGCUCGGGGGGCAGUAAGAGGAAGCGGCGAGGCAACCUACCCAAGGAGUCGGUCCAGAUCCUCAGAGACUGGCUGUACGAGCACCGCUACAACGCCUACCCCUCGGAGCAGGAGAAGGCACUCCUGUCCAAGCAGACGCAGCUUUCCACACUGCAGGUGUGCAACUGGUUCAUCAAUGCACGCCGACGCCUCCUCCCAGAGAUGCUGCGCAAAGACGGCAAGGACCCGAACCAGUUCACCAUCUCCAGGAAAGGCGGAAAGGCAGGUGACAGCUUCUCUGACAGCUCCCAGUCGCCCAAACACAGCAGUCCCGAAGGGGGCGCUGACGACGCCUACGACAAGCGGGUCCUGCACCCCUCCAGCUUCGAGCCUGCUGCGCCCGGCGUACUGAGGAAGGCGCUGUCGCCCUUGGCACCCUCCCCAACAACCACAUCGCUCUCGUUGAGUCCCCAGCCCCCCCGGCCAUCUGUCAUCUGUCACACCACUGUCAGCCAGGCCAUGCCUGGCACCCUGCAGCCCUCGACACCACCUUCACUGAACUCUGACAAGGCGGCCGAGCGGCUACAGGCAGCACAAGCGCUCCUCAGGUGUCUUGACAAAGGCGUUGGCCAGCUCACUGCUGCCACCACCAUCCUGGAGGGCAACCUGAGCCCCCGCAGUGGCCUCUUCAACACCCCUCCCCCGACCCCGCCUGACCUCACACAGGACUUCAGUGGCUUUCAGCUCCUGGUAGACGUCGCCCUCAAGCGGGCCGCUGAGAUGGAACUGCAAGCCAAACAGUUGGUGUCCUAAAGAAACAAGGGGCGACACAUUUCAUGGACUCAGCAGAGAACACCCCCUCCCUCUGUGAAAAUGCCUAAUCAUUUCUAUUUUUUCUACAGCAGUCAACUAGUUUUGAUUGCCAACACUAUCACGGUGCCUUCAUUUCAUAUUUGUAUGGACAUAUGUGGACAUGUGUCUUGUUUGCACACACGGACCAAAAAUCAGAGCAACGUUGCCUGUCUUUUGCAGGUGGGGCUAUGUGUCCUAGCCCCGCCCCCUUUGGAUCCAAACAUUUCAUCUCGUCUUGGCAUUGAUGUCUUCACUACUGUAGUAAACGUUACACUAUCGCUUUUCAUUUUGUCAUUUAGCUGUUUUAAAAGAAAGAUGCUUGUUUGUUUUUUUUUUCUUCUUUACCCUCGUUUUGUUAUUUCUACUCCUUCCUUGCCCAAAUAAGGGACAUUUCAGAUGAGCAAUGUAGCAGGUCGGGCCAGUGGACUGGAAGAGGACACACGACACUAAACGUUUAGUUGACAAAGACAGCAUUUGGCCAAAAGAAGCAUUUUCAUGUAUAAUAGCACCGGGUGUGUAGGUCAUGUGAUCGCAUGACGCCCAAUGAUGUGAUUUCUUUUCAUACUGUGCAAUGUUUGUGGCAAAACACACGUCACAUGGGAUUCAAAUAAACUUUUGUUUUUCUACUUUA